UGCAAACACACAACGCUCCUCCUGUUGGGUUCAACUGUGAAGGAGUAAGUGUGUUCAGGAUGCACAGGUCCUACCAGCCAUUAAAGCCCGUCACCAACCGGUACCUGCAGCAGCGAUGGGACCAGAACAACUAUGAAAACCACCGCAGGAAGGUGAGCUUCGCCCUCCCCACGGUGGACAACCGGGGCACGAGGACACCGGCUCACGUUCAGCUCAAACUGAAGAAACUGCAGCUGCAGGACGAGCGACUGUCGACCAUCGACAGAGAUAAUCGCCUCCUCGCCUCCAGACUGACCAGCAUCGUCUCCUCGAAAGGUUUGGUGGAUCAACACAACCAGUACCACCUGAGGAGUCUCAACAUUGACAAGAGGAGGGAGGAGCUUCUGCUGGUCAGCCGCCAGAAUCAGGCCAUCUACCAGCGGCUCACGUCCCGCCAAUCAGAGUAUCGCCGCCAGCUGUGGUUGGACGACUGGGAGAGGGCGGAGCGUCUGCGGGACAACAUUUCCCAAUACCCCCGAGGGCUCGCAGACAAACGGAGGUCAAACAGGAAGGUCAAGUUUGCAGCUGUGCGGGACAGCGAGUGGUCGGCGAGCAGCAGCAAGGCCGACACUCACGAGAGCAACUGAGGCCACGAUGUAUGAGAGAGAGCCGUCAAUCAGAAACACGUCUUUAAAUCGUAUGGAAGUUCAUCUCUGCCCACGUCAUAAUGAGGAUCAUUCAUCAUCCAUGUCCUGUAAUUCAUGUUUUUGAUUGACAUGAAUCUAAUAAAAUC